GCCCAGGAGUUAGCACGCUAGCUGUUGUUAGCGCUUGUCCACUGUUAGCGUGAUAGUUUUGAGUAAGAUUGUGGUUAUUAUGUACAUGAAGUUAAAGUCGUUUGAAUGAAUUACACUUUUAAGUUGAAUAAUUGCUUUAGCAACUGAACCGAUUCACAAGUUAAGCUGGGUUAAUAAAGAACGGAGCUAAGUUAGUGUUAGCAUUAACGUGGAAUCAAUACAAAACCUAUGCAAUUUCUUCCAAGUCAAAAUGAAGACAUGUUUAAACAAAGUCUUACUACAGAACAACAAAGAGAGCUGGCGACAAACCUCACCUCUUUCCUCUCGCAAUACAGGCACCUGUCCGACUCCUAUAUUAUCGAGUUUUUCACAGAGGACCUGUGGCAGACAUUACCCAGCAGCUGGCAGUCCGCCCUCAAACAUCUGUCUUUUCCACAGAUAGCAGAUCUGUUAUUAGAUUCUACCUGCCAAGACAGGCGGUACCCUUCAGUCUGGCCUCUGUCCCUGCUGGCGUUCAGGGCCACGGCUCAUGCUUUGGCCGUUUCCCAGGGAAGACAGCCACAAAGAGACCCUUCCUUUGGGACGGGGAAGCCAGAGGAGUUCCAUGAGAACCAGAGUCAGAGCUCACUGCUGGGACAUAUAUUCAGGAAACACGUCAAACCAAAGAAACAACAUGAAAUACGCAAGCUGGGCACGCUGGUGAAGAGAAUUUGUGACGAGACCGGCUGUGACCAAGUGGUGGAUGUCGGCUCUGGACAAGGUCAUCUCACUCGCUUCCUGUCCUAUGGCCUUGGACUGUCAGUGACUGCAAUCGAAGCUGAUCAACACUUGGUUUCCAUGGCAACUGUGUUUGACAAACAGUUGUUAUGGGCCUUGGAUAAAGAAAAGCAAAAAAGGAACUGCACCUUCCUGAUCCCAGACUCCCAUCCUCGUCAUGUGGCCGGCUGGGUCGACCCCAACUCUUCAUGGAGAGACUUCCUCAAACAGCUACAGUCAUCAUCACCCUGUGCCAGCCAAAGUCCGCCCACUUUCGGCCCACGUAAAAAGAAGUUAAAGGCUUCCAAGCAUGAAACAAAACUACAAGAUGUGGAAUCUAACCCACAACUCAAAGAGAUAACACAAGAAUGUUUGACUAAGAAUGAGCUGUCAUCUUUGAACUGCUGCCAACAAACUCAAAAUGUCUAUGAGGAAUCUGUGUGUAACAACCAGGAGAGCUUCUCAGACUUCGUCCUCACGGGCCUCCACGCGUGCGGAGACCUGAGCGCCACCCUCCUCCGCCAUUUCGUCAAGUGCCCACACGUACGCGGCAUCACGUCUGUGGCCUGCUGUUACAUGAAAAUCACCACCAAGGAGAACCCGACUCCUCCUGGGCUGGUUCAGUGCCCCUGCCCCACGUCCCUCACCCGGCACCAUUCGGAGUUAGGGUACCCCAUGAGCUGCUGGGUGGGGGGUCUGCCCGGGCACCAGCUGUCGUACAAGGCGCGGGAGGGGUCGUGCCACGCCAUAGAGGAUUACAUGAGGAGGCUGAGAGAGGGGAGCGAGCUGUUGAGGACGCACUGCUACAGAGCCAUGCUGGAGAGCUUCAUACGAGACGUGAGGCCGGACUUGAAGAGAGCCGGGAUCCAGACCAUCAAGAAGGCUCAUAUGUUACAAUUUACAGAGUACGCUGGUCUGGGGCUGGCCCGGGUGGGUUUGCCCUCUGACCUCCCCCUGGACCCAGCUCGUGUGGAGGCCAUGCUGGAGCACCAGGGCAGGGUGGUGGUGUUCUUCAGCCUGGCUCUGCUGCUGGCUCCGGUCGUGGAGAGUCUGGUUCUGCUUGACCGGAUCAUCUACCUACAGGAGAACGGUGUGGACAGUCAGCUGGUUCCUCUCUUCAACCCAAACUUCUCCCCAAGAAACUUUGUACUGGUGGCUCUGAAGCAGCACAGAUAAUCUGAGCACAUUUUGACAACGUUUUGCCUUUGCACUCUUUUUGUAUGCUUGUAUGGAGUUUCAGGCAUAUCAUGUUCUUAUUUAUUUGGCAAUGAAGACUUGUCAUGUUUAAUGGACAUUUAUAAUUAUUAGUCUACUAUUAUGUUUUAACCCAAAUUGAAAGUCUUAAAGGAACCACGUGUAAGAUUUUUAUUUAAAAUUCCAUAAACCUGACCUAACUGUGUCCCCAAAUAUGAGUUCAAAUCAAAUAUUGCUUUUACUGAUAACAGUUGUUGAAUAUUUUUAAAAAACAGAAUACGACUGACUUGCUAGUGUUACCAAAAUGUGUGCACUGCAGUGAAGAAGAGAAGAGAUUUGAGGCACUCUGCAAUAUGAAAAAAAAGAAAAAUUAAUUAAUUAACAGUCCUUUGUUACAGCAUGAACAGCCAAAGUUUAUCAUUGUAGAUUUUUUUUUAGGGUUUACAAAACCUUAAAAGAGUCUCUCACGAUUGGGUUAAAGCUGCACUAUGUCACUUUUCUGGUUUGAUUUUGUGCAGUUAUUGUUUUGUCCUGGAAUGUUCUACAGUGUGGCAUUUCAUUCAACUAUCUCUAUGGAUACAAGUAGACCAAUUUACUGGUCAGAUAUGUGGAGAAGUGGGUCUGCUUUCAGUAAGAAUACAUGUCUUUAUGGUAGUUUUGAUUAAAAAAAAAAAAAAAACUGUAAAUGAAUAAAUACAAGAUAUAUUUGUUUAAUGCCAUACUGUGGAACAUCUGAGGCAAAGCACUGCCAGCACAAUGAGACAAGCAGAUGGAAAAGGUACACAGUGCAGCUUUAAAUUUGAAAUCAUGGUUGCCUUUAGUUGGUGUUGAGUGAAAUCAACCUUUGCAGAAAAAAAACAAAUUGUCAAACUUUGAUGCAAGCUGCAUAGCUGAUUUCAUUUUCUUUCUUUUUAAUUUUUUUUUUACGUAUAAUGUCAACAUCUGUGUGUGAAAAUGCUGCAUUUCACCACUUGAUGGCACUGUUGAUGCAUGAUUUCACUUUUAACAGCUUUAUUUGAAAUCCGAGACGCCCACAUUUUACACACCUUGUCAACUUAACAUCUUGAUUCUGAAAUAGUUUUACAAUCCCCUGUUUUAUAAUUGACAAAGCUUGUGCCUCUUUAUGAAGCUAUUGAAUUUCUCCAGACAGGAUUAAGUUCACAGCGGCUGGGCCCAACAAUGGACAGGAGGGUUUAAGCUACAUGGGUCAAUUAAAGUCAAGCCACUGUCAAUGAGCUACACAUUUACAAAGAUGUUAAAGGUGCAAUGUGUAACUUUUCUUGUGGGGUGUCCGCUACCUGCAUGUAUAAAUGACGAAGUUAUUGUUUGGCCUGGAAGGUUCCACAUGGGUGUUGUUACCUUGAAAAAAUAUACAUUGUUAACGUGUGUGGGGUCACUUGUCCACAGAUCUCAUCAGUAUUUUAUCGGGUGGCAUCGCCUGCUUGUCUCCGUGGAGUUAGACGUAUUAAUGCCAUACUGUGGAGCACUCUAGCCAAAACGAAAACAAGCAGCCACUUUAAAUUAUGCAUGGAUUGAUUAAGUUGUGAAGUUAAUUUUCUGGAAUCCUCUAGUUAAAGAAUUAAAACUUUUGGAGUGCGUUUA